GUGGCCUCUGGGACACGCAGGAGAAACCAAUUUUGUGAGCCUUGGAGUCUCCACUACGCUUUGUUAUAGAGAUUAGAGAAGCAUUCUGCUUCCAAGAUACAUCAGUUUCCCCCAGCAAAGUACCCGGCGGGGGGAUGGGGAGGUUUAGGCGACUGACGUCACAAAGGGAACCUGCUCUUUGUGUAGACAAAAGGUCAAGUCAAGAUCAAGACCGAAUCUCUCAGCGGAAGCCACACAACCGUGAGCAUGGCGUCCUCGGCUAGGAACACUCCCCCGUCCUCCAGGAAGAGUCGGGACGACGCGAUCAGCAAGUGCGACGUGGUCGUCAUAGGGGGAGGCAUCUCAGGUCUGUCUGCUGCCAAAAUGUUGGCUGAAUAUGAAAUUGAUGUUGUGGUUUUAGAGGCACGGGACCGAGUUGGAGGAAGGACUUACACUAUGAGGAAUGACUUCGUUGAUUAUGUAGAUAUUGGUGGAGCUUAUGUAGGACCUACUCAAAAUAGAAUCCUACGAUUAUCUAAGGAACUGGGUUUAGAGACUUAUAAAGUGAAUAUAAAGGAAUGCCUAAUUCAUCAUGUAAAGGGAAAAUCUACAGUCUUCCGGGGGACAUUUCCUCCUGUGUGGAAUCCCAUAGCAUAUCUUGAUUACAACAAUCUGUGGAGGACAAUAGAUCAUAUGGGGAAAGAGAUUCCCGCUGAGGCUCCCUGGCAGGCACCUCAUGCUGAAGAAUGGGACAAGAUGACCAUGAAGCAGCUCAUUGAAAAAAUCUGUUGGACAAAAACUGCCAGGCAAUUUGCUUUUCUUUUUGUGAAUAUCAACGUUACAUCUGAACCUCAUGAAGUUUCUGCCCUCUGGUUCCUGUGGUAUGUGAAGCAGUGUGGGGGCACAACUAGAAUAUUUUCUGUCAGCAAUGGGGGCCAGGAAAGGAAGUUUAUUGGAGGCUCUGGUCAAGUUAGUGAAAAGAUCAUGGAACUUCUUGGAGAACGAGUGAAAUUGGAGAAGCCUGUAUGCUCUAUUGAUCAGACAGGUGAUAAUGUCCUUGUGGAGACAACAACCCAUGACAAAUAUGAGUGCAGAUAUGUAAUUAGUGCCAUCCCUCCAAUCUUGACUUGCAAGAUCCACUUUCAACCAGAACUUCCAUCAGAAAGAAACCAGUUAAUCCAGCGUCUUCCAAUGGGGGCCAUCAUUAAAUGUGUGAUGUAUUACAAGGAAGCCUUUUGGAAAAAGAAGAAUUACUGUGGCUGCAUACUCAUUGAAGAUGAUGAAUCUCCAAUUUCAAUCACCUUGGAUGACAGCAAACCAGAUGGAUCUGUACCUGCCAUCAUGGGGUUUAUCCUUGCCAGGAAGGCUCAUCAACUUGCCGUCAUUAGUAAAGAGCUAAGGAAGAGGAAAAUCUGUGAACUUUAUGCAAAAGUGUUGGGGUCACAAGAAGCUUUGCAACCACUUCAUUAUGAGGAGAAGAACUGGUGUGAAGAUCAAUACUCUGGAGGCUGCUACACGGCCUACUUUCCUCCAGGGACCAUGACUCAGUAUGGAAGGGUUAUCCGCCAGCCAGUUGAUAGGAUUUAUUUUGCUGGGACAGAGACAGCAACCUCUUGGAGUGGAUACAUGGAAGGAGCAGUGGAAGCUGGAGAAAGAGCAGCUAGAGAGGUAUUGAAUGCCUUGGGGAAAGUGGCAAAAAAAGACAUUUGGGUACCAGAACCAGAAUCAAAGGAAGUUCCAGCCCUGACAAUCACUACUACCUUCUGGGAGAGAAACUUACCGUCGGUUCCAGGCCUGCUGACGGCUCUCGGAGUAUCUUCUUCCAUAAUUGCCCUCUGUGUGAUGAUUUGCAAAUGCAAGAGCUUUGUACGAUAGAUUCUAAAAUUUCAUUUUCAUGCUUUCUGCUUCUUCCCAGCACCAUCAAAAGAAAAACCUGGAAAAAUUAAAUGCGGUAACAUUGGACCCUAUUUUUGUGCACUGGAUUUUACAAGCCAAUUUUUUUUUCCUGUCAGUGUUAAAGCCAUUCCAAAAAACAGAACAAAACAACAACAACAAAAAAUUGCAAUCAAUUUCAGUAGGAGCAAGGUCUAUCAUCAUUUGUAUGUGCAGAUUAAGUUGUAUUCGUUGGUAGAAUAAAACCAUAGUAUCAGAUUUUGAAUUUCAGGAAGUUAAAAGUCUCAAGAGAAAGCUUUUAAAGAUCAGACGCUCAUAAGAAACAAUCACUUUACUUCUAUUUCCUGAUUCUUCCUUUAAAAAAUGAGAGCACCUUAUGAUUUCAUAAAUAAAUUUCUUUUUAACCUUC